AUGAAUCUUAGAGAAUUCUUGUGCAAUUCUUCGCAAGUUAACCAGGCAAUAGCAGCACAUGAUCGUAUUCUUAACCCUUCUAAUGCUAAACUUUUGGGCAUUCGUUGGCUCUAUGAGAGAGACGAAAUCGCCAUCCAAAUAAGGAUAUCGCAUGUUCCAGUCCAAAGCAAGCGCACGGCUUUACAGUUUGAAGACCAGAAUAUUGCGGUUAAGUUCCACUACGUAGCUUCCGGAAAUAACCCUGCCGACUGCGCAACUCGCGGUCUGGCGACGAAGGAAGCCAAAAGUCAUAUUUGGUGGACCGGACCUCAAUUUCUCUACGAUCCACCAGAUCAAUGGCCAAACGCAACUAUCGACUUUACAAUACCGCCGCAAGGCGAAGAGGUGCAAUUAAAACAAGAAGAAGUGCACGUGAUACGUAAUGCCAGUUUCAUAUCAGUGUUACCCUUUACGGUAACAAACAACUACUACAAACUUCUCCGUAUCACGUCAUACGUCCUUAAAUUUCUACGAAGACAGAUUUUUAAUCGUGUAUCUAAUGUUUCACGUAACACUCUAGCUUCAAAACUACCCGCACUUGAAGCAAUUACUUCAUCUGUCUUUAUACAAAAAACGGACAUCGAUACCGCUGAGAUUCUCCUCAUACUCGCGCACUAUCGCGAAAGUGAAACAGUUCUACAGCGGUUAAAACUCGAAACCUUCAAUGCUCGACGAGCACAAGAUGAUUUAAUCCGAUGUCCAGCUCGCGUAGGUCCGUUAGACGACGCUCCUGUAUUAUUAAUACCAUCACAUAGGCUAACUCAGUUAAUAAUACUACAUUACCAUCAUGAUAGCCACCAUUCAGGCGUCUAUCAUGUUAUAGCAAAUCUCCGUAAACGUUUCUUCAUUCCGUCUAUACGCAACUGCGUAGCCAAGGUCUUGCGUAACUGUGUCUCUUGUAAAAAAGUUAACGGACACGCGUAUAGGUAUCCUAAUCUGCCACAGUUACCACCAGAACGAGUCACGAGAUCCAGGCCCUUUCAAAACAUCGGUCUGGACUACUUAGGUCCUAUCAACGUGUACAAUAGUUGUACCGUCCUUAACAAAACUUGGGUUUGCCUCAUUACUUGCAUGGCUACUCGCGCAGUACAUCUCGAACUCGUUUUGGAUAACUCAACACGCGAGUUUUUGCUUGCAUUCCGCAGAUUCAUAGCCCGUAGAGGCACCCCUGAUCUCGUAUAUAGCGAUAAUUCAACCACGUUCCAUGCGGCAGAAAGCGCAAUAAUGUCAGUACUUUAUUCCCCCAAAUCAUGGGAAUCAAUUACUGACUACUGCGUAAAACACAAAAUCACCUGGAAGUUCAUAACACCCCUUUCCCCUUGGAAAGGAGGGUUUUAUGAACGGUUGGUCGCUCUCUUCAAAACGGCGUACAAAAAAUCUGUUGGACAAUCAACUUUAUCUCUGAGCCAACUCCAAACAGUGGUAACAGAGAUAGAAGCGACCAUAAAUUCUCGCCCAAUAAUCCCUUACAGGGAAACUAACGCGUUCGCGUACGUUUUAAGACCAGUAGAUUUCCUUUCGCCGACAGUAAACAUUCAACUCCCUCCGUUAUCAUCACAGCCAGACCCAAUCCUCGAUAUUUCGAACAACCUUGCGCAUUGGUAUAAGGAAACGUUAACGAUUCUUGACCAAUUCUGGGAAAUCUGGCACGCAGAAUAUCUCAGCGCACUGAGACAACGUCAGCAGGCUCGACUGCAGCAGCGUAAAUACUCCACGAUUCACCCACAAAUCGGGGAUAUCGUAAUUGUAGCGGAUGACAAAUUACCUAGGGGACAUUGGCCAUACGGCCUUAUCGAAAAAUUACACGUCGGUAAAGAUCAAUCAGUACGGUCCGCAGACGUUCGCAUGCCAAAUGGCAAAGUUAAAACGAGAUCACUAACACAACUAUAUCCAUUAGAAUUACGAGCCGCAUCAACUACUACUCAUAGCGAACCUCUUCACAAAACAAUAACCCCACAACGACUCCAACCGCGUAGGCUCGCUAAAACCACUCACAAAUUCAUUAAAAAUGCAUAG